UUGACAACAUAUUAACCCCGCCUCGGCUGCAUCCCAUCAAACCGCCUGGCCCGAAUUUGUAAAACCCCAACCCCUAGGCCUCGCCACGGUGCCCCCCUCUUUCUGCCCGUCUCUCUCUCGUACAGUUAGGAUACAGAAAAAGAAACGAAACAAUGACGGGAAAGCCAAUCGCCGGCGAAGGUUUACCAGCGAACCUGGCCGGAAUGACAAAGAACCAGCUCUACGACAUCAUGUUUCAAAUGAAGACAUUAAUAGAGCAGAACAAACAGCAGGCCAAGGAGAUAUUAAUCCAGAACCCUCUCUUGACCAAAGCCCUUUUCCAGGCACAGAUUAUGCUAGGAAUGGUGCAGCCUCCUCAAGCGAUUCCUAAUAUUCAGCCAGCAGCAUCACAGCAACCUCAGCUAUCAGCACAACCAUCUCGGCAAUCAAACAUUCAAGCUGCACAGACACUGCCCGGACAAGGUGCUUUGCAGGAUCAAACAAGUGUCUCUCAAUCCCAACCACCAAUGAGGAAACAACACCAGAGUCAACCUGCGAUGUCGAUAUCUGCUCCUCCUGGUCCUCCAGUGAAUCUUCAGUCUCAGCCAUUGCCUUCACAUCCCUUACAUAUGCCACAGCAGCCUAAGGGGCAUGUGAAUCCUCAAGUGACCCCAAUGUCUGUUACUCAACCCUCUCAACUUCCAAACCUGCCUCCAGCCUCUAGUCAUUCUGUUUCACAGCCACUACCAAUUCAUCAAACCCAAAUGUCUUCCGUCUCCAGCCAGUUGCUGCUGCCAUUACAGAAAACUGGAAUUCCUCAUCUGCCAUUACAACAACCAUUUCCAUCUCAACCCCGAACAGCUUCUGUUCCAAGCUUUCAUCAUCAGUAUGGGCAACAAAUGGGUCCCAAUAUGGGUUACCAACAUGCUGGAGCUCCUCAUCAUCCUUCACAGCCCAUGUUUCAUUCAAGCAACAAACCUCAGUCUAGCAUGGGACCUUCAUUUCCACAAGGACAGCCACCUCUUUCAAUUCAGCAACCACCUCAAUCAUAUCAGGCGGGAGGUUCACAUCUAGGGGCGGAGUACAACAGUCAAGUUCCAACUUCAAUGCAAGUUGAUAGAGGAUCUUCUUGGAUGUCUGGGCCACCAGAUAGUUCAACAAUGACACAGCUUGCAGGACCCCCGCAAUUCAAUCCUGGUCAGAUGGCCCAGGGCAAUCAGCCUUCUCGCACAGCACCUAUGUCUUCUGAGAUGGAGAAGGCACUACUCCAGCAGGUCAUGAGCCUCACGCCAGAACAGAUUAAUCUUCUGCCUCCAGAGCAAAGAAAUCAAGUGCUUCAGCUGCAACAGAUGCUACGACAGUAAACUAAGUCUGUCAAUUGUUCUUAAAGUGGACAUAUUUAAGUUACAAGCAGGUGUCAGAAAUUGCAACAGCAUUUAUGAUCGUCGCGGUGCAUCGAUGUUGAUUGGUUGUGAGCUAAUACAGAAGCUGAUGCAGGGUAUACUUUUGAGACAAACUUGAAGCAUAAUAUUGAAAUUGUUUGUUUCCCCGCUGCAAUACUUCUGGCAGUUUGCAUUUUGUGAGUGCAGCUAUGAGAUUCUCAUGAUGGGGCAUUCUGUAUUUUUUUUCUUAGUCUUAGGGCGACACAUUGGGACUCCAGUAUAUUUUCUUACGUCUUGAUAAUCAAGUGCUGUGGUAUUCUAAUGUAAACAAUGAUCCUUGUAUGUG